AAUCAUAAUAAAAACUGGGUUCUGUUUGAGCAGUGACGCCGACUUCCAAGGAGAGAGGAUCCUAUUCACUCUUUCGGUUCUGUUUGAUCAGAGACGCCGACUUCCUAUAGCAAAUCCGUCUUAUUGUUGGGGGAUUUGGGAUUUUGCUGUUAUCUUCAGGGAUAUUUUUGGCUGUGGAUUGUGAAAGGAGAGAUUUGAACAGUUCGUUGAAAUUGGAAGCCGAGUACUUACUUCCAAGAUGGAAUUUGGUUCUUGAUGCUUUCUGGAAAAACGCCGAAGUGACUGAUUUCUGAUUUGCACGAUCAGACACACGCGCAGCGUUUUGUAAGAUGGGAGCAGAUUCGAAAAGCCAUAAGAAGCGUUUGGAGGAAGCAGCAGAAGAUUCAUCCUCACCUUCAAUCUCUUCCGACAGCGAAAGCAGUCCUCGCAGUAAAAGAUCGAGUAGUCGUCGCCAUAAGGGAAGCAGAACAAGCAAAAGGGAUAAAGAGAAGAAACGUGAAAGAGUUGAGAGACAUCUUCGAAGAAGAAGGGAAAGAAGGGAGAAGAAGAGGGAGCGAAGGAGAGAAGAGAAACGAAGAUCAAAAAGGAGGGCUGAAGUUGAUAGUGAUGAUGAUGAUGAUUCCAGACUGUCUGGUGGCGAAGCAUCAGAGCCUGAAGUUCCUAGGGAGGACCCAGAAACCGUUCUUCGGUCCAUUCUGAAGGAGUUCCCUUAUGCUGGUGAUGAACUGAAACAGCUUCUUCAAGUGAUUGAUGAUGGGCAGGCUGUUGAUACAAGUUGUAUGUCAGACAGAUCUUUGGUGAAGCUUCUGAAGAAGUUAUUUUCUUCGUUAAAUCUACAAGAAAACGGUUCGGGGCUUUUCUUUUUGCCAACAACUCAGCGUCCUACAAUGGAAGUUGUUGGUUCCGUAAUUGCUUCUCAUUCGACUGUGAAGGAUGAAUCUCCUGUUCCUAGAAGAAGCGUGAUUGGACCUGAAAUGCCAUCUUCUGAGUUACUAGCUGCAGCAGCCAAAUUAACAGAAGCUGAGGCUGUGCUUAGGGAUGCUGAGUUGGAGGAUGACACUAGUUUGUUCAUAGGCCCUCCACCUCCUGCUGUGGCUGCUGAAGCUGCAUCAGCAAAUGAGGCUGAACGCUUUGAAGAGGUGACAAGAAUAAUGGCAGCUGAGGUUGAUUCUCCAUACGAUGUGCUUGGAGUGAACAUGAAUAUGUCGACUGAUAACAUGAAGAAAAGAUAUUGGAAGCUAUCCUUAUUGGUUCACCCGGACAAAUGCUCUCAUCCACAAGCCCAACAAUCAUUCGUCAAAUUAAACAGGGCAUUUAAAGAUUUACAAGAUCCAGAUAAGAGAAAAGUGAUUGAUGAUAAAAUCAGACUGAAGGAGGAGCAGGAGUUAUUCAAGGCAGAGUUGAAAGCACGUCGUGAAGCUGCACAAUGGCGAAGAUUACAAGGUAUAUCGAUGCCAGGUGAUGAUGAGCUUCUAGAAGUAACCGAACUACCCCAGAGAAGGGAUGAGUGGAUGACAACAUUGCCACCUGAAAGGAAGCCAGGUAUGACUAUGCAUUCGACAACAUCUUUUAGUAAGACUACUAAAGAAGGACGUGGUGAUACCAGCGUUUGGACUGAUACUCCUAUGGACAGGGCCCAACAAGCAAAAAUGAAUUACUUGGAUGCUUAUAAUAAGGCUGCUGCACUCGCUUCAAAUGAAGAGGAGAAGAAAAGAAAAAGUUCGGAUGCAGAGUUGGUUGACAAAUAUAAUCAGUCCAGACGCUCAAAGUCGCUGGUUCAGAAGCACCAAGAAGAGUCGGCCAGUAGUCGUUCCAGGAAAAAGAUCAAGCCGCAAACCGAUAAAGAAGAGUGGGUGGGAAAGCACCCAUGGAAGCCUUGGGAUCGUGAAAAUGACCUAACAGCUGGUAGACAGAAGGUUAAAUUAGAUUCAGAAAACAUGAUGCAGGGUUUGUCUUCCCGGUUUUCUUCAGGAGACAUACAAAGAAAUUUCCUUUAGGUCAUGUGGCCGGUUGUCUUUUUAUCUUAAAUAUUUAUAUUGCAUGAGUUCAAGCUGUUUGUAAUGAAAAUUAACAGCUGUAGGAUGCUCAAGUCCAGCACCAAGAGAAUGAAAAUUAAUGGAGAAGAAAAGUUGUAUAUGAUAUGAAAUAUGAACUCUGCCUUCCAAUAAACCUGAAAUCAAAUAAGAAAUCAAGGUGGCUGGGAAUUUGGCGGCCUUCCAUUGUAAUUGUUGAAGUUGCUAAUGCGACAGUAAAUGUAUUCAACCAUGUGAUGCUUUGCUUUUUC